CGCUUGGAGCCCGGGAGGCGCUCCGAGUCCCCGCUGGACCACGGUGACUGUCUAGCGCCCGGGUGCGCUGCCAGGACGAGGACCGGACUCUUUUUGAAUCGCUCUGCGUCUGGGCGCGGGGCGAAUCUUGGUAUUUUCUAACUCAACUUGUGGAUUGGAACGUGGCUCCGCUCGGAGCGCGGCCAGCGACUUGUAGGACCCCAGCCCUGGCCGCAGCCGCCGCGCACGCCCUCAGAAGACUCGGCGGGGUAGGGGCGCGGGCCGGCCGCGAGGGUCGACUUGUGCGCCGCAUCGGGCGCAGGGCUGAUUGGAGGGGGGUCCCCGGAGAACCCAUUUGGGAUUUGUUUGAACAGCAUGGAGGAGAAUGACCCCAAGCCCAGCGAAGCGGCGGCGGCGGCGGCGGCGGAGGGGCAGCGGCAGCCGGAAUCCAGCCCCAGCGGCGGCUCGGGUGGCGGCGGCAGCAGCCCGGGCGACGCGGACACUGGCCGCCGGCGGGCUCUGAUGCUGCCCGCGGUCUUGCAGGCGCCGGGCAACCACCAGCACCCGCACCGCAUCACCAACUUCUUCAUCGACAACAUCCUGCGGCCCGAGUUCGGCCGGAGAAAGGACACGGGGACGUGCUGUGCCGGCGCGGGAGGAGCGCGAGGCGGCGGAGCCGGCGGCGAAGGCGGCGCUGGCGGCGCAGAGGGAGGCGGCGGCGCGGGCGGCGCCGAGCAGCUCCUGGGGUCCGGCCGGGAGCCCCGGCAGAACACGCCCUGUGCGCCCGGUGCGGGCGGGCCGCUCCCCGGCGGCGGCGGCGACUCUCCGGGUGACGGGGAAGGCGGCUCCAAGGCGCUCUCGCUGCUCGGCGGCGCCAAGAAAGGAGGCGACCCCGGAGGCCCCCUGGACGGAGCGCUCAAGGCCCGCGGCUUGGGAGGCGGCGACCUGUCGGUGAGCUCGGACUCGGACAGCUCGCAGGCCAGCGCUAACCUGGGCGCGCAGCCCAUGCUCUGGCCAGCCUGGGUCUACUGCACGCGCUACUCGGACCGGCCUUCUUCAGGUCCCAGGUCUCGAAAACCAAAGAAGAAGAACCCCAACAAAGAGGACAAGCGGCCACGCACGGCCUUCACGGCGGAGCAGCUGCAGAGGCUCAAAGCCGAGUUCCAGACCAACAGGUACCUGACGGAGCAGCGGCGCCAGAGCCUGGCCCAGGAGCUCAGCCUCAACGAGUCUCAGAUCAAGAUCUGGUUCCAGAACAAGCGCGCCAAGAUCAAGAAGGCCACGGGCAACAAGAACACGCUGGCCGUGCACCUGAUGGCGCAGGGCCUGUACAACCACUCCACCACGGCCAAGGAGGGCAAGUCGGACAGCGAGUAG